AUGAGCAAACAGCUCUUAUAGAGAGGGACCCACAAGAAGAUGAACAUCAAGAAUGUGACACAGUAGCAAAACAAAGCGAGUUAAAACUGACGCUGUAUCACUGGACGCAGUCCUUCAAUUCUCAGAAGGUGCGCCUGGCUAUAGCAGAGAAAGGUUUGCUCUGUGAGGAGUAUGAUGUGAGCCUUCCUCUCAGUGAACACAACGAGCCCUGGUUCAUGCAUCUGAAUCCCACUGGUGAGGUGCCAGUUCUAGUCCACAAUGGAGACAUCAUCUGUGACCCAACUCAGAUCAUGGACUACCUGGAGCAGAGUUUCACUGAUGCACAGAUCGGAAACACACAGUCUGAGCUGAAGAAACUGGCAGAGCAGAACCCUGAGCUUAAAGAUGCUUAUAUAGCAAAACAGAGGCGCUUAAAAUCCAAGUUGUUGGACCAUGACAACAUGAAGUACCUGAAGAAGCUUCUGGAUGAGUUGGAGGGUGUGAUGGACCAGGUCGAGACAGAGCUACAGAGGAGGGUGGAGGAAACACCUGAAGAAGGCAGUCAGUCCUGGCUGUGUGGGGAUUUCUUCAGCAUGGCCGACAUCUCUCUGGCAGUGACCUUACACCGCCUAAAGUUCCUCGGCCUCUCCCGCCGCUUCUGGGGCAACGGUAACCGCGUGAACCUGGAGACAUACUACGAGCGUGUGGUGCAGCGCCCGGCCUUUAGGAGAGUGCUGGGCCAUGUCAACAACAUCCUAAUCUCUGCGGUCCUUCCUGUGGCGUUUCGCGUGGCCAGGAAGAAUGCACCGGUUAUUCUUGGCACCACUCUGUUGAUCGGUGUUCUAGGAGGAGCUACAUACCUAGCUUUUCUUUACAUGAAGAAGAGGCUGACUCUGUCCUUCUGAGGGAGUGUAUGAGUGGCUUAGGGACUGAAAGGUAGAUAAACACAGA